UAUCUAAAAGCUCUCAAAUUAGUCAAAAGAUAUUUUCAUCCACUAACCCUUUUUCUUCGAUAUACUGCUCCAGUCAUGUAUUGAGAAAACAUUAUAAGUGGAAACGGGGCCCUCUGACGUUUUCGGAUGAAAUCAUGGCGAUGGUAACACAUAAUGGACAAACGAUCGGGAUAACGGAGUACGUAUCUCUUAUUAUUGAAGCAGCGAGGAAAAUUAUCGAGAAAGAACAACGAGAAAAAGGAAUUUUAGAUAAAAGUGGAAUGUCUCUUGCCAGCGCGGACGCCCAGGAAGACAGGUUGGCCAGCAGCGAAUCAGAAUUCCCAAAAGAAAUGGAGGAAGCUUCGACAAACUCUCUAGACACAAAUUCAGUGAAAUUACGUUUACCCGAUGGAACUCUGCAGUCGGUGGAAGAUUACAUCAUCGGAAUUAUAAAAGACGCCAGUGAUCAGAUCGAAAAAGAACGUCAGAAUGCGAGUAUAAGAGCAGACGACACCCUUGAUAAAUCAGCUGUUGGUGCUAACUUGCAGACGCCUUCUAAGACUGAACCCAUCAGUAAUACAUGUGAAAAAGACUCAACACCAAAGGCAGCUAAACCCAAAGUAUCAAGUCCAAAGCAAGGACCUGUUUCAAAAGUUCUCAAUAGGAUCUUCAAGAGAGGUAAAACAAAGGAAAAAGAGAAGCCAAAUGAAGGAAUUAUCAACGGAUUUGACGAUUCUCUCACAUCAGAGAGAGCCAAAGAAGAAGAAAAUACCCCCUCAAAACCUGAAGAAAAGUCCCCCUUCAAACCUGAACCAAGUUCUCCAAACAGUGUUCACAAUGAAGAAAUCACUGUUCACACAGAGAACCACGAAUCUCCCAGCAAAGACAAUAAACAAGAAAUUCCCAAAGGAAAAGUCAAAGUCCAAAAGAAAAACUCCCUCAGGAAAAUGUUGUCCUGUUUCUCUUCCAAGGCAGCUCAAGCAGACUGAUCUACGUACGUACGGAGUACGAUAUCCGGACAAAUCCUAAGCUUAUAUUUUGGAUUGGCAUGUUUCUAUUCUGAUUACAUUUGGCUUGAUCACAAACAUGCAUUACAUGGAUAUUUAUUACAUUUGAAUCCAAUAUUUGCAUUAAUAACUACAUGGAGAAUUCAUGCAGUUCUAAACCAGUAUCCUCAUCCUCCAAAAAGAAGAUAAGAUUUUGUAAAGUGGAAAUGUUUUUGUGCCAUAAUGAAAGGGUGUGAAAGUUUAGAAACACUUCAUAAUGAAGAAUGUAAAAGAAAUUGCUUUUCAAUUCAUGGAUUCAAGAAAAGAGAACAAAUUUUUUACUCAGUAGUAUACAAGCUUAGAUGGGAUUCUUUAAGAAAUAAUAUUUCAAAUUGAAAGGAUAAGAGAAAUUGAAAGGAAAUAGAUUGGUUUUCAAGUAAUAUAAAAACUAGUUGGAACUGAUGUCAGUGACAGUAUCAUUAUAGCAUUACUGCAGUGACAGCACAGUUGUGGUUGUUGUGAAAGUAAAAAACUGACGAAUGACACCUGUCACUUGUGUUUUGCAAAUUGUAUAAAAAUAAUUUUGAUGGCGAACUGACAAUUGAUAAUAAUAAUGCAGCAGUAUUGUAUGUACCUACUGGUAUAUUAAUGUUUGAAUAACUAGAAAGACAUAUACAUGUUUCUCAUUUUUUUAUGAUCACAGACAAUUAAAUCUCUUUUACUAGUACAUGUAAUACCUUUUAUCUAAUUUUACUACAGUAUUAUACAAAGAGUUCUUAAUAUGGUGAGGAAAUAAAGAACUACUACUUGUUACACCCCCCCCCCCCUCCUUUAAAUAUAGCUAAAAUCAAGGAUUGGCAAUAAAUAAAAUGACUCAUUUUGUAUUCAUCCUUGAAAAUUUUUUUUUUUUUUUUUUUUUUUUUUUUGUUUUGGUUGAGUUUUUGAUGUUCAAAUUAUACACCACUCUG